CCCACCCUCGCCGGCCCGGCCCCGCACGGCCCCGCACGGCACGGGGGUUGCCAUGACAAGCGUUUUCUCCCGUUAGCUCCGGGACCGCUCCCCCUCCAUCCCAUGGCCAGUCGCGGGGGCUCCGCCGCCAGCCGGGCGCCGUGGGACCGGAGCCGCUCCAGUUGCUGUGGUAUCCAGGGAGCCCUCCUCCUCCUCCUCCUCCUCCUCCUCCUCCUCCCGCUGCAGGAGCUGCACGCCGGGCGUUGCUAAGGUCGCCUCCGCGGUAACAUGCACAUCCUGUUUACACCUUCAUCCCGACAAGUUGGGCUCGGCUAGAGCCGCCCGUUCCCCCCCGGGAAGCCCCCAGGGAAGCCCCCAGGGAAGCCCCCAGGGAAGGGGCCACACGGAGCAUCCCCCCCCGGAGCCGCCGGAGCCGCCGGAGCCGCGAGCGAGGCCGCGCCGGGAGCGCCGCGCCGGGGCCACCGGCACCGCGACAAGAUGACGAACAACGUGGCCGACCACCACCCCGGGAACUCGGUGGCCGAGGGCAGCCAUGAGGGGGACUUUGGGUGCUCCUUGGUGGAGCUCAGGAACCUCAUGGAGCUGAGGAGCGCCGAGGCCGUGGCCCGGAUCAACGACUCCUAUGGAGGCGUCCAGAACGUCUGCAAGAGGUUGAAGACGUCGCCGGUCGAAGGCCUGUCUGGGAACCCCGCGGACCUGGAGAAGCGGCGCCAGGCCUUCGGGCAGAACUUCAUCCCCCCCAAGAAGGCCAAGACGUUCCUGCAGCUGGUGUGGGAGGCGCUGCAGGACGUGACGCUGAUCAUCCUGGAGAUCGCAGCCAUCGUCUCGCUGGGGCUGUCCUUCUACCACCCCCCGGGAGGGGACAACGAGCUGUGCGGGCAGUCCACGGGCGGCGUGGAGGACGAGGGCGAGUCGCAGGCGGGCUGGAUCGAGGGCGCUGCCAUCCUGUUCUCGGUCAUCAUCGUGGUGCUGGUGACGGCCUUCAACGACUGGAGCAAGGAGAAGCAGUUCCGGGGCCUCCAGAGCCGCAUCGAGCAGGAGCAGAAGUUCACGGUGAUCCGCAAGGGCCAGGUGAUCCAGAUCCCCGUGGCCGAGAUCGUGGUGGGAGACAUCGCCCAGAUCAAGUACGGCGAUCUCCUGCCAGCGGACGGGAUCCUGAUCCAGGGCAAUGACCUGAAGAUAGACGAGAGCUCGCUGACUGGGGAGUCAGACCAGGUGAAGAAAUCCAUGGAUAAAGACCCCAUGCUGCUGUCAGGUACCCACGUGAUGGAGGGCUCGGGCAGGAUGGUGGUGACUGCCGUGGGCAUCAACUCCCAGACUGGGAUCAUCUUCACCCUCCUGGGAGCAGGAGGAGAGGGGGACGAGGAGAAGAAGGUGAAGAAAGGUAAAAAAGGUGGAGCCCCCGAAAACCGCAACAAAGCUAAAACUCAGGAUGGUGUGGCCUUAGAGAUCCAGCCCCUGAAGAGCCAGGAGGGGGUGGAGAACGAGGAGAAGGAGAAGAAGAAGGCGAAGGUGCCCAAGAAGGAGAAGUCGGUGCUGCAGGGGAAGCUCACGCGCCUGGCGGUGCAGAUUGGGAAGGCAGGGCUGAUCAUGUCGGCCAUCACCGUCAUCAUCCUGGUGCUCUACUUCGUCAUCGACACCUUCGGGGUGCAGAAGCGGCCCUGGCUGGCCGAGUGCACCCCCAUCUACAUCCAGUACUUCGUCAAGUUCUUCAUCAUCGGCGUCACCGUGCUGGUGGUGGCCGUGCCCGAGGGGCUCCCGCUGGCCGUCACCAUCUCGCUGGCCUACUCUGUCAAGAAAAUGAUGAAGGACAACAACCUGGUGAGGCACCUGGACGCCUGUGAGACCAUGGGCAACGCCACGGCCAUCUGCUCGGACAAGACGGGCACGCUGACCAUGAACCGCAUGACCGUGGUGCAGGCCUACGUGGGGGACACCCACUACCGCCAGAUCCCCGACCCCGAGGCCAUCCUGCCCAAAACCCUGGACCUCAUCGUCCACGGCGUGGCCAUCAACUCUGCCUACACCUCCAAGAUCCUGCCACCAGAGAAGGAAGGGGGGCUGCCCCGCCAGGUGGGCAACAAGACUGAGUGUGCCCUGCUGGGCUUCGUGCUGGACCUGAAGCAGGACUACCAGGCUGUGCGCAACGAGGUGCCCGAGGAGAAGCUCUACAAGGUCUACACCUUCAACUCGGUGCGCAAGUCCAUGAGCACCGUGCUGAGGAACAGUGGCGGCGGCUUCCGCAUGUACAGCAAGGGCGCCUCCGAGAUCAUCCUGCGCAAGUGCACCAAGAUCCUGGACAAGAACGGCGAGCCGCGCGUGUUCAAGGUGAAGGACAGGGACGAGAUGGUGAAGAAGGUGAUCGAGCCCAUGGCCUGCCACGGCCUCAGGACCAUCUGCCUGGCAUUCCGGGACUUCCCUGCGGGUGCAGAGCCCGACUGGGACAACGAGAGUGAGAUCCUGUCUGACCUGACCUGCAUUGCUGUGGUGGGGAUUGAGGAUCCCGUGCGGCCGGAGGUGCCCGAUGCCAUCCUGAAGUGCCAGCGCGCCGGCAUCACCGUCCGCAUGGUGACAGGGGACAACAUCAACACUGCCCGUGCCAUCGCCACCAAGUGUGGCAUCCUGCUGCCCGGGGAGGACUUCCUGUGCCUCGAGGGGAAGGAGUUCAACCGCCUGAUCCGCAACGAGAAGGGAGAGGUGGAGCAGGAGCAGCUGGACAAGAUCUGGCCCAAGCUGCGGGUGCUGGCGCGCUCCUCCCCCACAGACAAGCACACCCUGGUGAAAGGAAUCAUCGACAGCACCGUGGGUGACCAGAGGCAGGUGGUGGCUGUGACAGGGGAUGGCACCAACGAUGGCCCAGCCCUGAAGAAAGCAGAUGUUGGGUUUGCCAUGGGCAUCGCGGGCACGGACGUGGCCAAGGAGGCCUCGGACAUCAUCCUGACCGACGACAACUUCACCAGCAUCGUCAAGGCCGUCAUGUGGGGCCGCAACGUCUACGACAGCAUCUCCAAGUUCCUGCAGUUCCAGCUCACCGUCAACGUGGUGGCCGUCAUCGUGGCCUUCACCGGUGCCUGCAUCACCCAGGACUCGCCCCUGAAGGCCGUGCAGAUGCUGUGGGUGAACCUGAUCAUGGACACGUUCGCCUCGCUGGCGCUGGCCACGGAGCCGCCGUCGGAGUCGCUGCUGCUGCGCAAACCCUACGGGCGCAACAAGCCGCUCAUCUCCCGCACCAUGAUGAAAAACAUCCUGGGCCACGCCGUCUACCAGCUCACCAUCAUCUUCACCCUGCUCUUCGCAGGGGAGAAGUUUUUCGACAUCGACAGCGGCCGGAACGCGCCCCUGCACUCUCCCCCCACCGAGCACUACACCAUUGUCUUCAACACCUUCGUGAUGAUGCAGCUCUUCAACGAGAUCAACGCGCGCAAGAUCCACGGCGAGAGGAACGUCUUCGAGGGCAUCUACCGCAACCCCAUCUUCUGCUCCGUGGUGCUGGGCACCUUCUUCGCCCAGAUCAUCAUCGUGGAGUUUGGUGGGAAGCCCUUCAGCUGCUCUGGGCUCACCCUGACCCAGUGGUUCUGGUGCAUUUUCAUUGGAGUGGGAGAGCUCCUGUGGGGCCAGCUGAUCUGCACCGUGCCAACGAGCCACCUGAAGUUCCUGAAGGAGGCUGGGCAUGGCAUCACCAAGGAGGAGAUCCCCGAGGAGGAGCUGCCCGAGGACGUGGACGAGAUCGACCACGCGGAGAUGGAGCUGCGGCGGGGGCAGAUCCUGUGGUUCCGGGGCCUCAACAGGAUCCAGACCCAGAUGGACGUAGUUUACACAUUCCAGACCGGCGCCUCCUCUUUGCAGGGAGCCCUCAGGAGACAGCCUUCCAUCGUGAGCCAGCACCACGAUAUCAAAGUGGUGAAUGCGUUCCGUAGCUCGCUCUACGAAGGCCUCGAGAAACCCGAAUCCAGAAGCUCCAUCCAUAACUUCAUGACUCACCCAGAGUUCAUCCUGGAGGAAGACGAGCCUCGGACACCAUUCCUUGACGGCGCCGAAGACGAGCCCGAGCCUGAGGGACUCCAAAAGCGAGGUGGGGGCGGCCUGGGGGGCUCCACGGCCCUCAACAGGAACAACAACGCCGUGGACAGCGAGUUCAGCUUCCCCGAGCCCGGGAGCCCCUUCCACAGCCUGGAGACCUCAGUUUGACCUUAGAACUUGGAAUUUCCCCCUCCUCCUCCUCCUCCUCUUCUUCCUCGUCCUCAUCCACCUGGGCCCUGUGUGAUCCCAGCACCAGUAACUGAUCACACUGCUGCGGUCAAACUGCUCAUGCCUGUAUCAUCAUUGGGGGUUUUUUUGGGGGUGGGGUUGGGGGUUUAAUGUGUUUUUUUUUCUUUUUUUGGUUCAUUUUGUUGGGUUUUUUUACCGUUAUUUAGCAGUGGGAACCAGAGUACCACCGAGCUGGGUGUUGGGAGAGAGGUUAAGCCAAAAAAAAAAACCAAAACCAAACCAAUUGUGCAUCUCCAUCCCUGAUUUUCCGUGGUACUCACCCAGGGGAAGCUGCCAGGUUCUUUCCUCUCCGAGAGUUGGGUUUUUCACUUGGGGUUUUCACUUUGGAGAAAUGCAUGUUCCAAGGAAAUUCAAAUUGUUGUAGUCUUACACUCCCUCAGCCUCAAGGCUGGGGGUGCACUUGUGACUUGAUUUUAUUUUUCUUGUGUUUUUGGUUUUUUUUUCACAUGUGGUUUUUAGGGGUUUUUUCCUUCUAAUGUUGGGGUUUGCUCUUUGCUUGUGGGAUUUUCCCCCCUACCCAAUGGGAAGUGGGGAGGGGGAGUCACUGCUCCAGUGCAGAAAUUAAGGAAUAAACUAAAAAAUCCCAGCCAGGGGAAGGUGUUUACUGCAAGGUUCAGAGAUCCAGGGAUGCCCACCAGUCUUCCACCUUUGAAAAAUGGUACCUGGGCUUCUUCCAGCUCCCCCUCUGUGUGUGCCCACAUGUUUUCCUCUCUUUCUCUGUUUCCAGACUGGGAGAUGAGAAAUGAAGGGAUAAAUUCUGAUUUUCCUGCAAAGGUGGAGGUGAAACUUCCAGGGUAAAGGUGGGGAAAACCCCCAGGUUGUGAGGGAUGCAGCUUCUUCCUGAGG